AUGAUCAGGUCGCGCGGUAGAAAUAUCACUAGCGAGACAUUCGUGUGCAUGCACCGCGCUCAACCGAUGUUCGUUGAACAGAAGGGGAAUUUAUCAAUGUACAGCAACUGGCACCAGGUGAACAUUAACGAAACGGAGUCAAAGCUUAAUUUAUUGUACAUGGGUAUGUGUUCUACGAGACCGCGAACGGGAGUAAAGCCAUUUUGGCGCUACAGUGUCGCGAAUCGUGACCACGGACAGUACAAGAUGACACACUCGUCUUUUUGGGAAUACCGACAUAAGGUCUUGUUCGCACUCAUUUCAAACCCAUUUUCAUCACCCGGACUCUCGCUCCCAAUUUCAAGGUGA